UCACAGCCAGCAAAGCAAAACCACCGUAGUCUUCCGGUUAACCUAUUUUUUUUCUCCCUCUCUUUCCGCUUUCUCCUCUUCCAUUCCCAAUUUGCAACAGUAGCGAUCUUUUCCGCGCCCUAUACCCAACCCAAUCAACAUCAUGGCCAACGAACGCGAGAGCAAGACUUUCCUCGCCCGCCUCUGCGAGCAGGCUGAGCGUUACGAUGAGAUGGUCACCUUCAUGAAGGAGGUUGCCAAGCUCGGUGGUGAGCUCACCGUUGAUGAGCGCAACCUCCUCUCCGUUGCCUACAAGAACGUCGUCGGCACCCGCCGCGCCAGCUGGCGCAUCAUCUCCUCCAUUGAGCAGAAGGAGGAGUCCAAGGGCUCCGACAAGCACGUCGCCAUCAUCAAGGAGUACAGGCAAAAGAUUGAGACCGAGCUCGAGACCGUCUGCAAGGAUGUCCUCGAGGUCCUCGACGAGGCCCUCAUCCCCCACGCCGCCACUGGCGAGUCCAAGGUCUUCUACCACAAGAUGAAGGGUGACUACCACCGUUAUCUUGCCGAGUUUGCUUCCGGCGAGAAGCGCAAGAACGCUGCGACCGCGGCUCACGAGGCUUACAAGAACGCUACCGAUGUUGCUCAGACCGAGCUCACUCCCACCCACCCUAUCCGCCUGGGUCUCGCCCUCAACUUCUCCGUUUUCUACUACGAGAUUCUUAACUCCCCUGACCGCGCCUGCCACCUCGCUAAGCAGGCUUUCGAUGAUGCCAUUGCCGAGCUCGACUCGCUGUCCGAGGAGUCUUACCGCGACAGCACCCUUAUCAUGCAGCUCCUCAGGGAUAACCUCACUCUCUGGACCUCGUCCGAUAAUGGCGAGCCUGAGGCCGCCGCUGAGGCCCCCAAGGCCGAGGAGAAGGCUGAAGAGAAGGCUGAGGCUGCUGAGGAGAAGGCUCCCGAGGAGCAGUAAGCGCAUUUUUCCAGACCGUGGUUUCUUUCACCAUGACGGGUGCAUGCCCUCACUGGUCGCCUGAGGUGUACCGGAGUGGCACAGGAACGCCCGUCCUUUGCGCAACUGGUCUCGUGUUGCUUCUUGACUAAGAUAGCUAGGAUUUUUGUAAACUUGAGCUGGGCUUUGUUCUCUCUGGACUUGACCGGCUGGCGGAUGGAGCGUGAAAUAUGCGGCACAUUGGCCAUUGGCAGGACGGGGGCUUCGAUAAAGGAAGUUGGUUGAUGUCGGGGGCCACUGAAAUGCAGGGCAUGAUAGUCGUUUCCUAUUCUCUUAUUAUUAUCCUUUCCCUGUUGUCUUUGUCGCCACGCACCUCUCCCUUCCACCUGCUUUUUCUCGGGUGGGAAGAGGGUAAGAGAAGGAAACAAGAAGGUCUCUGUUUAACAACUCCCCCCCUUCCCAACAAAAAGCCAAAGGAACUAUACCAUUCCACUUGGCGAGGAAAGCAAAUGAUACUCCAAUCAGAGAUAUAUCCCUGUCCUCUUAUGAGGACGUUCACGUACCACGAUUGUUUUGCGGUGCUUCUAAAUGCCCUUACACUACCUG